GCCAACCGGACUGGAGGAUCACAAGACUGGAGCUGAAACAAGAAAUGUGUUGUUCGAUAGUGCUUAUGGACUGCGCCUUAAAAAAAGAGAGAGAGACCGAGAGAGCUUGAAGACGUUCAUGCAGAUAAAAGCAAACGGCGUGCACUUUUCUAAUCCCUGCUAGCUCUUUCUGUUGCAGAGAAGCUAUUCGGUUUCUAACUGGAUCCUCGUUAUUUUUGUGAAAGUCUACCUCUUGAGUAAUACUGGAGUGAGGUCAGCAUAGCAUGACUCAACCUUGGAUGUGCAUGCAGUCAUUUCUGGGCUAUUGCUUUUCCAGCUUGGCGCAUGGACAUACAGGAGUUUCUCUCUCUCUGAGAUCCCUGAAGAAAGCGGUUGUCAUCCAUGAACACACAACAGAAAUCAAGUUCCUGGAGUUUCAAAUUGCCUUGAUUCACUAGGAAUAGAAGAAGACUUGGUACUAAGGAAAGCAAUAGACAUGUUUGAGGGUCUGUCAGUUGACACUGUGCUUUCUGCUAAUGGGAUGCUGCAGUUUUGCAUUUUAAAGCUGACUUCCGUUCCAACUAUGCUUAGCAGAUUUGGAUGACCACAGACUCUUCAAAGCCUCUAACUACAUUUGUGAGCAAAGAGGGACAUAGACAAUUAAUCACACUGGAGAGAGCUUGGUGUGGUUUGGAGGUUUGAACUCUUCUUUACCCCUCCACGAGCUCACUCCAGCCCUCUCUUACCACCAAUAUUCAUGAUAGUCAUGAGUUUGCCAGCUCAACAGAAAGCCAACACAAAGAGGACAGGCAAACGCAUCACUUUCUUUAACGACCAGGGCGUUGCAAUGAAAGAAGCUUCUCAGCGCACAGAGGGCUCCUACUAUGGCAUGGGGGCCCCUCCCUCGGAGUCAGACCACAAUGAAUCUGCGAGUGUGGAAAGCUCCACUGCUGAUGCACCACAUAUGUUUCUCAAUUCUGUAAUUUUCAGCCCAGAGAAGGGCAGCCAGAACCGGGGCCAUUACCAACAGACUAUGGCGAUGAAGUGGCCACACCAGGAGCUAUCCCAGCAACCUCAGCAGAGACCUGCAGCCUGGUCUCAGGGUGUCACAACAACCUGGGCUCAGAACUAUGCUCCAUACCUGGGAGCACAGACUGGAUUUGUGAAGCAGGUACCUGACGGCAUUGGAAUACCACAGCAGCAGCCAGCUGCCAUUAGGAUGGCCGAAAAGCAACAACAGACACCUAACACAGGCAGUGAAGCCUUUAGGGAUGCUUCUAAAGCCAGCAGUGGUCUGGACUGGGAGCAGCAGCAACAAGCCUAUCAGCAGGGUCACAAUCCUGCACUUUUCAAUCCCCAGCAGAAUGUGACAUCCACCACUGGGAGCACAUCAGUGCUUCAGCCCUUUCGGUUAGCUUUUGGGCAGCCCAGGCAAAACUUGGCAGCAGGCUAUUAUCAGGUAUUCCAUGGUAACAGAGCCUUGCAAAAUGCGAAUUUUGUAAACAGCACCCAAACAAAUUCCCAGAAUCGAAUUCAGCAGCAACUCCAGCAGCAGCAGCAGCACCAACAACUGCAGCAGCAGCAGCAAAUCCAGAGACUGAUGCUUCAUAAACAGCAAAUUCAGCAGCAAACACAACAGCUAGUACAUCACCAACAAAUACUGCAACAUCAACAACAGUCGCAACAAUUGGCGCAAUCGCAACAGACACAGCCACAACAAGAAGUACAGCAUUUAAACCAGAUCCAGCAGCAGUCGAUACAAAUGCCACAACAUAUACAAAUGCAACAGCAAGCACAGCCACUACAACAGCAAUUGCAAAAAUCUCAGCAGCAGACAGCGCAACAGCCCCAAUCAUUAAACCAGCAAAAUGUCGAACAGAUACAAAAGCUGCAGCAGAAUCAGCAAGUAGUGGAAUAUUCGUCCGCUGGAAAACAACCACAAUCGCUUCCCCAACUCGAGCAAUCAACAGGGCAAUCCCAGGACACACCUGAAUCAACACAGCCCCAGGAAAAUGCUCCGCAGUGCCCUCCAGUCCUUCCUCAGGCAUCCGCUGAGACACAGCAACCUGGACCGCGGAGGUCUCGACGCCUCUCCAAAGAGGGCGGAGGACAGGCAACAGAGAAUCCUGUCCUUAUGCCUGCUGAGCAACAGACUCAGGGCUCUCAUAAUGGAGCCACUGAUGCAAGCGAAGCUGGAGCCAAGCAGGCCAUCCGAGCUGCUCCUACAGGGGUCAUCCAGAGCACGCGGCGAAAGAGGAGGGUGUCCCAAGAAGCCAACCUGGAGACGUUGGCUCAGAAGGCCUCCGAGAUGGAGUCCUUACCUUCACACACAGUCAAGGAGUCUCACAGGUCCUGGAGCCCCCCGGCGUCAGGGCCCGGUCGAGGGGUUGGAGAGAUGGAGGGUUUGAGUGCCAAACGUGUGAGAGAUGAGGGCCUGGUGCCUCUGGUGAUCCCAGUGUCGGUUCCUGUACGGCGCGCAGACCCCACUUCUUUGGACCCGGAGCAAACCUCUCUCUCAGCCAGCUGGCCCCUUCGGCUCAGUGACUUAAACCGGACUGACCACAAACCCUCCGUCAUUGUCACGCGCCGUCGCUCGCUGCGCAACUCUGUGUCUGAGAGCUCGAGCCAGAACGGCGGGCCUGAGCUCGGUGGUGACGCAGAUGGCAAAUCGUCCAAGGCGAAACGGCGUCCUCGGCCGGAGCCACUCUUCAUCCCUCCGCCCAAAGUGAGCACUUUGAUCGCGCCACCCGUUUACUCUAGCAUCACGCCCUACCAGAGCCACCUUCGCUCACCAGUAAGGCUGGUUGAUAACCCGCUCACACUGCCUCCUUACACCCCUCCACCCAUCCUCAGUCCUGUAAGAGAAGGCUCGGGCCUUUACUUCUCGACCAUCCUCUCUGCUGCUGCGGCUGUCGCAGGAACACAAGGCCUACCGCCGCCCGCUACGCCCAAAUCAGCCACCCGUAGCCUCCUCCGCUCUAACAGCACUGAGAUCACUCCUCCAGUGUUGUCUGCUAUGAGCGAGGCUACUCCUGUCAGCGUUGAGCCGCGGAUAAACAUUGGGCAGAGGUACCAGGCGGAGGUGCCGGAGCUGAAGGAGCGCUCAGCUGCGCAGCUCGACCCACACAAGGCUGAGAUGGUGUGGGCGCCACUGCCUGAGCUGGAGUCCAAAGGCCAGCAGCAGGAGAGAGUGAAUGACCUAAUGCACCUGGCCUGCUCCAGUGCACUGUGUGGAGGAGGGACCAAUCAGGAGCUGGCCUUGCACUGUCUCCACGAGUGCAAGGGUGAUAUCAUGGGAGCCCUUGCCCUCCUUCUGUUGAAAAACCCCAUCUUUCCCAAAUUUCAUCCUCUGGCAGAUUACCACUACUCCGGGUCUGACAGCUGGACACCUGAGGAGAGACGCUGCUUCAACAAGGGCAUCUCUACCUACAAGAAGGACUUCUUCAUGGUGCAGAAAAUGGUAAACUCCAAGACAGUGGCUCAGUGUGUGGAGUUCUACUACACCUACAAGAAGCAGGUGAAGAUCGGCAGGAAUGGCACGCUCCUCUACGGCGAAGCAGAGCCUCCUGAAACACGGCCCCCGGAGGAGGAGGUGGACUAUAAAGGUUCACAGAGAUUUGAUUUGCGAAAGGAAGAGGAAGAGGACAGGAAGUGGGAGGUAUCAGGGGACAGGAAGCGAGAGAGCAGCCCUGACAGGGUGACUCAAUCUCUACAGGCCAAUGAAAGUACUGGGGUAGUACUGGUCCUAAGGAAUCAGCAGGAUGGAAGACGGGACCAUCCAACAGUUACGGUGAGCCACGCCCCCACGGUGCCUCCUAAACCCCGGCCAGAGAGCACAGUGCGGAAGAGCGGGGUUGGGACAAAGGGCUCUGCAGGACAAGAGGGAGAAUUUCCAUGCAAAAAAUGUGGAAGGAUAUUCUAUAAGGUGAAAAGCCGGAGCGCUCACAUGAAGAGCCACGCCGAGCAAGAGAAGAAAGCGGCGGCUCUCCGGCAACGCGAGGCCGAGGAGCGCGCGGCGGCCGCUGCGGCAGCCUUAAUAGCCGCUCAACAGAAUGGAUCUCGAGGGGAGCAAGCGGCGACACGGCGAGCCAGCAGCGAGGACUCCUCAGACGAGGAAGACUCCACAGACGAUGAAGACUGGCACUAGCUAAUACUUGGGUCUCUUUUUCUGCUUGCUGGAGCUGGGACUCGUUUUCCAACACGACCAGAUGCGCUGGUCUGGCUGAGGAGGAAUAAUGGGGAGAUAGAACAUGAAUGUCUUCAGGGACUAACUUACUCCAUUAAUGUGUGUGUGUGUGUGUGUGUGUGUGUGUGUGUGUAUGGGCAUGUGCCAGAGUGUGAGUGUCAAAGAGAAGCAUUCAGGGUUUCUCGGUCAGACAUAGGGCUAUAGGGAGUACAAGCCAACGGUGUGUGUCUGUGUGUGUCUGUGUGUGUCUGUGUGUGUCUGUGUGUGUCUGUGUGUGUCUGUGUGUGUCUGUGUGUGUCUGUGCCAGAGAGUUAGUGUCAAAGAGAAGCAUUCAGGGUUUCUCGUUCAGACAUAGGGCUAUAGGGAGUACAAGCCAAGGUGUGUGUGUGUGUGUGUGUGUGUGUGUGUGUGUGUGUGUGUGUGUGUGUGUGUGUGGAGCGAGGGGCAGUACAAAACACUGUCUCAAAACACAUUCAGACCCCUUACACACACUGCUCCACCUGCUUCCCCUACCCACCUACCCAGCACAGACUCGCUUCACCUCUCUAUUAUCCGCUGUGACUCAGUGCUCCGGACUCUGCAGGACAUCCAAACUGGCAAAGACAGGAGGACGGACUAAUGUCUCUCUUCAUACCUGCAUUUUUGUCCUCUUUUGAUUUUUCUAAAUGAAAUCUGUGUUUGAGACUCUCUCUUACGGUUGACUGCCAAAAGCUUGCACAGCUGUACUUGUGCACUAGUUUGUUUUUGUCCCUCCCCCUCCCCCAGUGUCGUGAUGUUGGGCUUUGGUGUUUUCGUUAUGUUUACUUCUGGCCACAUCGCUGAUGCCUUGGAUGUUUGACACUUUUAAUCGUGACAUGACAAUCAAUUUUACAAAGGUUCUUUUUUUUUUUUUUUUUUUUAUAUAUAUAUAUCCAACAAAGUAUCAUUGUUUUUGAUAUAGUCAUUAUUAUUAUUAUUGUUAUAAUUAUCAUUAUUAGUGUUGUCAUUGUACUGUUAUAUUGUUUUUGGGAAAGGUAACUUUUUAUCAUUUAGCUGUUAGUUUAUUUAAGACUUUUGCUACCUGUGUUUGCGGUGUGUUAAGCUUCUGUAAGGUAUCAGGCAGGAAAAGACAAGAAACAGAAACCGAGGGUGAAAGUGCAAUAGAACAAUUUGAUAUCUUGAUGCAAAUGUGCUGCCCCUCCUCCUCGUCCUCCAUUCCCUGUCCAACUCCAACACGAUCUGAACUUGAACUGAACCCUAAUGCAGCCUCGGAUGAACAAGAUCAUUUGAAGAUAUUUAUUUAAUGUUAUAUUUUAGGGGGGAAUAGAACAAAUGUGCUUGAGUGGCUAAAGAAUGAAGCGUAAAGUGUUUCAGUUUCUAGCGCUGUGUCGUCACACUCGGACUCUGCUGGCCCAGCACUUGGCGGUAUCACCAUGGCAACAGAGGCUGCUGAACCCCCCCCAUCCUGUAAGAACAGCCACACUGUGGAGAUCUCAGCCAAGAGUAACGACUCCAAUUACUGCUCAUCACACUUCAGUCUGCUAUGCACUCUGUGUGUGUGUGUGUGUGUGUGUGUGUGUGUGUGUGUGUGUGUGGAAGUGUGUGUGUGUGUGUGUGUGUAAGUGUGUUUUUGUGCACACAUAUGUGUAUGUAUGUGUGGCUGUGUAUGGGUGUUAACACCAAUAAUAAAAACUGUUUCAGACUCAGAGCCAAGUGAGAAGGAGAAGCUUCCAGAUCUAUUUAGAUUUAUUAUUAUUUUUGAAUUCUGUAUUGGUUGCGAACUUGUGAAGAACUUGACCUGCUCUUUCAUACGGGCAGGCCAGGGACCUUGUGGUAAGAUGGGUGAGCCAAGGUUUUUUUGUUUUUGUUUUGUUUUUUAAUUAAUAUAAAAAAAGAAAUAAAUACAGGAUUUGCUGCCACGGA